AUGAGCGGCGCUCUGAGAGACAUUGAUACGAUACCGCGUGAAGACGAAUACACCAGUCUUGAGGCGCAUCAACAAGAAACACCGGGCAGCUUUUACGACGCCAAACCUGUCCUGCAUCACCACGUACAAAAUGCUGUCCUGAAGGUGUCGGAACACGACUUGAACACCAACGCUGCUCUACAAGCAUUGCGCACCUCUGCCGGUCCUGUCGAAGUCACCGUCCCGCGCAUUCAGAUUUGGGUGACAUCAGAUUUCUUUAUUCUUUGGAGCACCAGCGCCGGUCAUGGUAUUCAGAUUCCAUACCGAACCAUUUCUCUACACGCACGCCAGCAAAACGCCCUCUACCUGCAACUAUGCCUCAGCGACAUUUCGCAAACCGCCGACGACGAUCUCGAGACUGUUGAACUCCUAUUGACCCCUGAGCCUCAGGGCGACAGCAACCCAAUCGAUGCUGCUGAGAAACUCUUUACCGCCGUGUCAAAUUGUGCCGACCUACACCCCGAUCCAGAUGAGGACGAUGAUCAAGAACACGAGCAGGAGCCUGAGCCAGGAACUGGUGGCUGGAUCACUUCUGAGAACAUCCAAGAUUUCAUGGACGAGAAUGGUGAAUUCCGCAUGCCCGAAGGUGGAAUCCUUGGUGCUGGUGCUGGCACAGUGAGAACUGCCGAUCAAUUCGAGGACGCCGACGCUGGCGAAGAGGUCGACGGGGAAGACGCCACAGAUGCAACCAAGUGGCGUAGAACAAGCUGA